UUUUGCGAUUCACUUUCAAGAUCAUUCAUUCCACUCGUUAUGCCUUCAAGCUGUAAAGAAAUUCGAGAAGAGCUUAUUCAGUGCAUGCUCAAGUCCAAUUGCGUACUAGUCAAACGCAAUACAGUGGCCGAAUGUUUCAAGAAGGAGCACGAAGCCGACGUACCUGCUGAAUGUCAAAGCAUCCGCCGAAGUUUUGCUGAAUGUAAACGAGGCAUGAUUGAUCCUCGCAUGCGAUUUAGAGGCAACAAGACCCAGUAAACUGUUCGUUCUUCCUCAAACCCUCUUGCAUUUCCGCUUUUGUCAUUCACACCUUUCAUCACGGCGUCCACUUGGAUUACCGUAAAAAACAUUCAUUUAUCUCAAUAAACCAGCAGUUCACACAUAGA